UACGCAGCCUCCCAGGGCUUUGUCUUUGCCAUUGAGGAGAUCAACAGAGAUGUCUACCUGCUCCCCAACCUCACCCUGGGAUUCUCCAUCUGGGACUCUGGGGACUCUAUUGCUGGGGCUUUCCUGGGAACCAUGGACUUCCUGACUGGGCAGGGGAAGCCUGUCCCCAAUUAUAGCUGCAGAGCCCGCCCUCCUCCGACUGCCCUCAUCGGGGAACUUCGUUCUGCUCUGUCUAUACCUAUGGCUAGAUUGUUGGGACUUUAUAAUUUCCCCCAGAUCAGCUAUGCAUCCAGUGUAGUCAGCCUGAGUGAUAAGACUCACUUCCCUUCCUUCCUGAGAACAAACCCCAGUGAUGAAGCCUGGGUCCGAGGUGUUGCCUCCUUGCUGAACCAUUUUGGCUGGAUUUGGGUAGGAAUUAUCUCAGAUGAUGAUGAUUUUGGUCAUCAAGGAGGCUCCCUGGUGAGUGCUGAGAUGGAGAAGUUUGGCAUCUGCCAGGAAUUCCUCAUUUGCCUUCCAAACUACUAUUUGCAAGAAUCUUUCCAGCAGGGCUUCCAUGUAGUGAUGAGAUCGACAGCCAAAGUUAUCAUUGAGAUUAUGAGCACUUUGAGUUUACUUAGCUUCUUAGAUAUGUUCCCAUUUCAUGAUAUUGUUGGAAAGAUCUGGAUAAAAAAGUAUAUCCAAUAUAUUGAGUUGAGGAGCUAUAACCCAGAUAGUUCUCAAAGUAUCAGCACUUCUCUGCCUCAACAGACAAUUCAAGGAUUCCCAAAAUUUAGUCAUCAGUAUCCAGACAAGACCCAAGCAUUUUGGGAAAAGAAAAUAAGACAGAGUCCUUGUCCCAUAGGGAAUCACACCAAGAUGGCAGGACAGUUUUGCUCAGGAUCAGAGCAUGUGCAGGGCCAAGACAUUCCCUUGCUGGAUAUGGGUCAUUGUACUAUAGCCUACAGUUCCUACAAAGCAGUGUACAGUGUGGCCCAUGCACUCCAGGACCUGAGCUCCUGUGAGCUACGAGAGUUGCCCAUUGGAAACAAGAUGUGCCCAGAGGUCAUGACCUUCAGUCCCUGGCAGCUCCUGCAUUAUAUCAAGAAGGUGCAUUUCCAGACUCUUUGGGAGAGUGAGGUUUUUUUUGAUGCUAAUGGUGAUGUUCCUGCUAUGUAUGAAAUUAUUAUACGACACGUGAAUGCUGAGGGUUUAUUUCGCCUGGCUAACAUUGGUAGUGUGGAUUUCACAGCCCCACAUGGGAAAGAAGUGGUAAUCAAUGACAGUGCCAUAUUGUGGAGAGGAGGAGAGACCCAGGUCCCCCAAUCUGUUUGCAGUGAAAGUUGCCCUCCAGGGUCCAACCAGAUCCAUGCACAAGGACGGCCCCACUGUUGUUUUGAUUGUAAACCCUGCCCAGUGGGGCAGUUUUCAGACCAAAAAGAUAUGCAGCAAUGUGCAGAGUGCCCAGAGGACCAAUAUCCCAACACACACAGAAAUGGCUGCCUCCCCAAAGUCCUGACUUUCCUGGGCUAUGAAGAACCUCUGGGGAUGGCUCUGUCUUGUUUAGCCCUUGCCCUCUCUCUCCUCACAGUCAUCAUUUUCUUGAUUUUUGUGAAACACCGAGACACCCCCAUAGUCAAAUCCAACAACAGAGCUCUCAGCUAUACUCUGCUUAUCUCCCUCACCUUCUGCUUCCUCUGCUCCUUGCUCUUCAUUGGCCGCCCAACCACAGCCAGCUGCCUCCUCAGACAGAUGACUUUUGGAAUCACCUUCACAGUGGCCAUCUCUUCUGUUUUAGCCAAAACCAUCAUUGUGGUUCUGGCCUUCAAAGCUACAAGGCCAGGAAGCUGGCUCAAGAGGUGGGCAAGUACACGAGUGUCCAGUGCUGUUGUCCUCAUCUGCUGCCUCAUCCAAGUGACCCUCUGUGUUAUCUGGAUAGCCACAUCUCCCCCAUUCCUAGAUGUGGUCACUGACUUUGAGCCUGGCCACAUCCUCAUUCUUUGUAAUGAGGGCUCCAUGACCACCUUUUACUGUGUCCUGGGCUACAUGGGAUUCCUGGCCCUGGGGAGCUUCACGGUGGCUUUCUUGGCUAGGAACCUGCCUGACACCUUCAAUGAAGCCAAACUUAUCACCUUCAGCAUGUUGGUGUUCUGUAGUGUCUGGGUCUCCUUCCUCCCUGCCUACCAAAGCACCAAGGGAAAGGCCAUGGUGGCUGUGGAGAUAUUUGCCAUCUUGGCCUCCAGUGCUGGCUUGCUGGUCUGCAUCUUAAUCCCCAAGUGCUAUGUGAUUCUAUGGAGGCCACAUCAGAACACCCUGGAGUGGUCCAAGGGCCACCCUCAUUCCCGGGGAGCAGUUUCACCUUAA